UUGAGUGCCUGACUGCGGACACGCCACACCGGGAAGACAGGAAGAGGACAGAAAAAGGAAACUCGAAAAAAACAAAACAAACAAAUCAAAACAAAGACGAAGAGGAAGAUGGCAGGAGUUUGGAGGUGCACGCUAACCCUGGCGCUAUUGAUGUUUGUGUGUCUCUGGGCAGCUACCGAGGCCGUAGGUGGCGCAAAGAGUCGGCCCAGACCCAAAAGACGACCUCGUAAGAAGCCAAUAGUCGACCCUGUAGAUCUGACGCCUCCUCAGAAGAAUAUAGACAUACAGCAGAUGAUAGGGACGUGGUACUUGCUCAACACUGCUUCCAAAUGUUCCUAUCUCAUCAAUCACGGCACCAAAGUGGAACCGACGGUCAUGACCCUCACACUAGACACCACGUCGGACCAGUCGCUGAUGGUUAGCACCAAGACACGGCAUAAUCAUCAGUGUUGGGAGAUAUUGCAGAUGUACCGUUUGAGCCCCACCCCGGGACGGAUGAUGCUACCAGGACCUCGACCCGAGCUGAACACCGAUAUUGUGAUCGGAGAGACGGACUACAACUCCUAUGCUAUCAUGUAUUAUCAGAAACGAGGCCAGAUCACCAUGAAACUCUACGGCAGGUCGGUUGACAAUCUAUCCGAACCAUUGCUGACCAAGUUUGAGCAACUUGCUGAAAAGCAAGCUUUAGGCCUGGCAUUCCUUUUCCCCUUCCCUACCUACAGUCACUGUGGUAAUGUGGACCAGCAUCACAGAAUUAACUGUGUCCCCACGUGCUAAACCGGCAGAACUCGCAGCAGUGGACAGCCAUUUCUAAGCCUGAUCUACAGCGCUUGGCGUCGCCGAAAUUCAAGCCAAGAGAGAGAGAACAAGUUCAAGGAAAUAUGAAUAAAAACGC